AUACCCGCUAUGACUGUCAAACAGAAGAGAACUCACAUUAAGUUUAUUUUAUAUCUUUUAAUUACCAAUGAUAUACAUGUGAUAGCUUCUCCGAAUCUUCCAACAAGGUGCAAGGGACACUCUUUGGAAUGGAACCAUCAUUGCUACGUCUUUCAUGCAGAGAAAUUGUCACGUGAUGAGGCGACAUCCGUUUGUCAGCGAGAUGGAGGCCACUUGGUUGUGCUAAACUCCAGACAGGAAGAGAACAUUAUAACCCAGUAUUUAUUAAGAAAUAAAGACACAAAUGAUAACGAUGUUGGCUUCAAUAGUCUUGAGGUAGAUAAUCUCAAAACAGAGAAAGAAAGUCUGCAAAAAGUAUUUUGUGAAGCACAUAUCCAAGGAAAUUUGAAACAAAGCAAGGUUCAUGUUUUGAAUCAGAAACAGGUCCCCGUGGGUUCACCGAAAAGAGCGUUACUGACAACUCCCCAUGGAUUCUCUGUUCGCCAAUCUCUCAUUCCUCGUGCGAGUUUGGGGGUGUGGUCAGAUAUGUUUGUGCCCAAACACACAGUUUUGGGUGAAUAUGAGGGAGAAGUUGUAAAGCAUACAACAGAUUUCACGUAUACCUGGCAAGUACAUGUAGAUUCAGGUAAUAAAGCUGUUUACAUUGACGGUAAGAAUGAAAGUACCAGCAACUGGCUGCGGUACAUUAACUGUGCAAGAAAUGCAUUUGAAGAAAACACAGACACAUUCAACUGUGGCUCAAAGAAAUUUUAUUUCACAACUAAAGAUGUUAAAAGAAACAGUGAAUUGUUGGUAUGGUAUGGAGCUGCAUACGGGGAAUGGCUUGGUAUCAAGAGGAAUAAUCCUGGAAAAGACUUUCCAAGUGGAUCAUGGAAUAUUCGUGUAGGAAGUAUAUAUUAUCUACACAAUAAAUGGUGGAAUAGUGACAAUUCAGAUGUGACUUACACUAACUGGGCACGUGAAACAGUCACAAAAGUACAAGACAGAACUGUGCAGAUAGUUCUAUCAUACAGAAAUGGAAAAUGGCAGUGGUUACCUGAACGAAAUUAUUCAUAUUAUGUGAAGAAUAACAGCUUAAAACUUUCUUUUCUCUGUGAAAUCCCUUCAUUGUCAAGUUUGUCAUGAAUUUUGUAGUCACUGUGUUUAUUAUGUUUUGAAUGGAUCCAAAUGUGUAAAAAAAAAUGUGAACUGAUUGUGAUGCAUGUGUAUCUUAGUAUAAAUUUUGAGAAAAUGGAAGAAUUCUAGCUACAGAUAUGUAGCUUGCCGGUCUGAGAAAAUUAGGAUGCAUGACCAGAGAACAACACUUCUACCCAUUGAAAAAGGGUGUAUAAUUAAUCAUUAUGCACAAAAAAGGUGCGCUGUUUCUCAAUUUUUUCACCGUAUAUUUCAAAUUAUCAUUAACCUUGUGUUUCUGACAUAUUGUUUAACUGCAUGUACAAAUCAACCACGAAACGCAUACCACCGCAUUAUUUUGCAACGUAAUAUGGCAGUAUAUAAAUAGGCAAAAUUUUCGAUGGUCUUAAUUCCUGGCCCAUAAGGGCUAUAGACACCGGUUUGGGGAAAUGUUUUGUUAUUUAAAGAAUAUGGUAGGAACACAUGGUUAGCAAACAUUUUCAAAAUAAGAUGACAGGAUUAAUAAAUGGAGAAAAAUAAUUGAGAAAAAGUGCACUUUUCCGGCGCACAUUCAAUAUACUUUUUUUUUUUCA